AGUCUCGUAAAAUGUAAUAUAUAAAAAACAUAUUUAAAAAAUCUACUGACCAUAUGCCACCAUUAUUUGGUUGUUUGAACAAAAAAAAAUCAUGUUCUUGCAUAACUGUAUAUGUUGUGAUAUGAUGUAGGUGAAGAGUAAAUAUAUGGAAGUAAAGUUAGUGAUACGAACAUGAGUCUAUGUUAGUUUAUGCCACAAUUAUUUGGUUUUUGGAAGAUCAAUGAGCAUAAGCAUACACGGUCUUUGUAUGCUUACGUUGUAAAUGAGUCGGAUAUUUUUUUUCUUAUGUCUGGAAUGAUAUGGAACUCAUUGAUUUAAGAGUGGUUCAGUUUUAUAUGAUCUAAUUAUAUUAAGAGAUUAACCAAAAAUAUUAUAAAAAAGUGUUACUGGUUAGGUUUAACUAAUCUAUGUUGGUUAAGAUUUGGUUUAAUUUAAGUUGGUAGGUUGCAUUGUAUAGGAGGUAUGAUAUAUUCUAGCAACAACUAUGAAAGAGUCCAAAAUUUAAAUGAGAACUUUAAAUAGUAGAUAAUCUCUAAAUUAAUAUAUUAGAUGUACCUUUCUGUCAAUAUAAUUUUUUUAUCAAUUUUUUAAAGUUGUUGCAUACAUAGGCAAUCGAAAAAAACGGAUUAAGCGUGACUUAACAAGAAGAUAAGGAGAAAACAAAGUAAUUAAUUUUUAAAAAAAGGUUCUGAUCUGUUUUCAAGAAGCUUGUUUCGUACACCGCAUGACCGUUUCAUUACCAUUUCUUCUCCACUUCUAUUUAUUUAUUUAUUUAUUUAUUUAUUUUUUUUGUAAUCCAGUUGCUUUCUCUCCCUCCUCACUUCACCCUAGUUUCAGUAUCUGCGUAGCUUUUGCUCUUUAAAAAAAAAAUUAAAUCCCAGUAAAAAGGGAUCAAAAGUCAAAUGUUUUACUCGCAGCAAUGCGUCGUACCGAGGAAAGGACCUUUAGGAGCGAUUUGGGUGGCUGCGUACUUCUACAAGAAGCUCAAGAAAGCCCAAGUCAAAGACACUCAUAUUCCUUCCUCCGUUGACCAGAUCUUGCAAAAGGAGUUGGACACCUUGGCAUACAGAGUUUUAGCGUAUCUUCUUCUGGGUGUUGUUAGAAUAUAUUCCAAGAAGGUGGACUUUUUGUUCCAUGAUUGCAACAGAGCCUUGGUCGGUGUAAAGGAGUUUGUGGCUAAGGAGAAGAACAGAGAGAACAACACUAAUGUGCCUUUGCCUGCUGCAUCUACGGGGUUUUUCUCAAUUGCUUUGCCUGAGUGUUUCGAGCUAGAUGCUUUUGAUCUUGGGGUUUUGGAUGAUUUUCACGGGGGUAAUGUUAAGCCUCAGGAAGAUAUUACACUUAAAGAGGAUGGAGGUUCUGGUCGGGAUACUGAGAGCAUGGACCAGUACUAUAAUGAAAGGUUCGACAUGGAGGAGGACCUCCUGUCUACGUUUCAUGAAACUUUUGUUGCCGAUCAUUCUGAUACUAGACAUGAGAGCUCUGCUCAUGAUAUGGACAUAGAUGCAGAAAAUGACAGAUAUGCUAGUGGAGAAACAUCAGUCAGAGUUGUUGAAGCAGAGCCACUGAACUCUAACAAAUCAUCCAGAGAUCCCCAAGCUGCAUCCAGGUAUGAGGAGGAUCCAGAAUCAGAUGUCAUGCUUGUGGAACCGCAAGUAUCCGAAGAAGCAACAGCUAGAGAAACCAUAUGUAACAUUGUGCAGAGACUAGAGGAUCCGGAAUCAGAUGACAUGCUUGGGAAACUGGAAGCGUCUGAAGAUAUCAGAAGAGCUCAAGAGGAAGAAACCAUAUGUACCGUUGUGCAGAGACUAGAGGAUCCUCAUGAACCCCCAGGAGAUAAUCCACAUAGAGACGGGCACAUGGAGAAUUCAGAAUCAGAGAAAACAUCAGUGGAAACAAGUCGGGAAAAGACGCCUCAUGACGGGUCCCUACCAUCUGAAUGCAAAAGUCCUGAAGAGAUUCAGGGGAGUGAGGAUCAACCUUCUGGCGCCGCCUCAAGAAUUGUUAGGGAGAAAGAGAUUCCGGAGAUGAGUACUCGAGAAGAACCAGAACCAGGAUCUGUGAGUGAAAAUAAAGACUUGCCUGAAGGCAUAGAGAAACAUCGAGGACAUAAUGAUGAGGAAAUGACAGACACUGACAUGUUCCAUGGGUCUCAUAAAGAGCCAUCUGAGACUCCUGAAGUAAAUCAAGUUAGACACAGUGUUACCGAGAAAGGUUUUCUCUCAGACAAGACUUUUUCAGAAGAGUGGAGUGAAGGUUCUAAUGCUAAAGAUACGCCAGUUGCUGUUACUCCCAAACCAGCUUCGUGGCUGAACAUCUCUGAAGGGGAAACAAGCCAUCAGUUUUCGAUCAUUCCUACGCCGGCUGGAAAGGAAUCUUCUCGGGUGGUUUCACGGAAGAGAAAAUGUCUGAUAGAUGAUGAAGUGAUGAUUCCGAGCAAAGUUAUGAAAAAAAUGAUAGAAGACCCGAGUACAUUGGUUGCAAAACGGAGAAGAGUUCCAUAUACUGACUAUCCUGAGAAAAGAAUCAAACGUUUUAUCGAUCCGUCAAGAAGUUCCUGGGACCCUCUGAUUCCAUAUGGUUCUUUGGAUCUCCAGUUACUUUUUUGUCAACCCAUCAAGCUUAAAGAACAGAACACCACAGAAACUCCUAAAGCUGCUAAAACCACUGGGCGGAUGAAAAGGUCUUCUCUUAGAACAGUUGGAGGUCGUGGAGAUGUUUCUUCUUCAGAGCAGACUGAGAAUGGUCGGGAAAUUAUGGAAACUCCUCAAACUGCUACUCUUACUGAGCUGAGAAUUACUGUGCCAGAGACGGUAGAGAAUAAUACAGAGGUUUCAGCUGAGACAGAAGCUAGUUCCGUAGCUGCUGGAAGUGCUCAUCCAACAAAUUUUCCUCCAGAGACUCCAGCGAAGGCUGCGGGGCCAGCACAGCUUGCUCCAGAAACCCCAGCAAGGACAUCAGAGCAAACAGGGAUUGCUCCAGAAACACCAGUAGUCUCCGAGCAAGUAGAGAUUGCUCCUGAAACGCCGGUGAGGGAAUCAAUGUCGAAGAGAUAUUUCAACGACCAUGAGACCUUUGAACAAGAAACAAGACCUGGAAACUCCUUCACAUCCUUUGAAGAGCACCCGUCAGAAAUUUGCGAGGAUAGAAGGGACCUUGAUGCAAUUUUGAUGAACGAGGAGCAGGUGAAUGCACAAGAUGAAACAGAGGACCUGCAACAAGAGACAUGGUCAGCAAGAACAAGGAAUGUGGCGAAAUUCCUGGAGAAGACGUUUCUGGAACAGAGGGAGAAAGGAGAAGAAGAAAAAGCGAGUUUGUUAGAGCUGUGCAGAGGAAGAACUCAGAAGGAAAGCGCAAGACUCUUCUACGAGACUUUGGUGUUGAAGACGAAAGGUUACUUGGAAGUGAAGCAAGAUCAUCCAUAUAGUGAUAUUCUUCUCUCUCGGUUCAGCAGACAACAAGAAGCUUGUUGAAAAAGCGCUAUAACUAGGUUUCUUCUCUCCAGUUUAGGUUUUCUAAGAGGCAUCUGUGAAUCAAAGCUGUUUAGGUUUUUGGAGUUUUAGCCUUUUUGCUUUAAAACCUGUAGACUUGUAGAAUGAUUAGUGACUUGAAUCCUGAAAAAUACAUGAAUCCACCUUAAAAAAAGACUAGUCUCUUUAAAAAUC